UAUUCAGACAGGAUAUGACACGCUGCUAUACUUUGUCCAUUUUCAGCUCAUCUGCUUAGAGUAAAGUCCUAAAAAGUCUACACAUUAAAAACGUACCACUUCCAUCAUUUAUACGACUGAGGGAAAGCCACUCAAAAAUGUCUGAGAGUAUUUAUGGCAAUGUAAAUCCUGACAUAACAUGGGAUAUGGACAGACGCACCAAGGCAAACCAUACACCUCAACACACAGGAAGUGAUUCAGUGCAGAUCAGAAGCUCCAGAGCAGCUGCAGUGUGUUUGUUGCUGCUGUGUGUUUUUCUGCUGACUGCAGUCAUAGUGCUGUGUAUCCACGUCCAUACAAAGAACACAAAUCACAGAGAAGAGACACACAAGCUACUAACCAAGAUUAACAACCUCACAGAACAGAGUGACCUGCUUCUAACCAAGUACAUAAACAUGACAAAUGAAAGGAAUGGAUUAUUAAUCAAGAAUGACAACCUGACUAAACAAAGAGACCAGUUCAAUCAAGAGAGAAAUAAACUGCAGAAGAUUCUCAAUGAAACAGAUGGAUGGUUACACUCUAACUUCAGCUUUUACUUCAUGUCCUCAAUGAAGAAGAGCUGGGAUGAGAGCAGAAGAUACUGUACAGAGAGAGGAGCAGAUCUGAUCAUCAUAAACAGCAGAGAGAAACAAGAUUUUGUUACAAAAAUUACUGAUAAAAGAGAAUUCUGGAUUGGUGUGACUGACAUCGUGGAAGAGGGCAGAUGGAAAUGGGUUGAUGGCACCAGCGUGACCUCUGGGUUCUGGGCAUCCAGUGAACACAUAAGAGAGCCAAAUGGAGGAAGACUAGAGAAUUGUGCUGUUACUUAUUUAAAAAAGAACCCUGAAUUAAUAGGGUGGAUUGAUGUUAAUUGCAAUGGUGCUUAUCAAUGGAUCUGUGAGAAGGGUUUUUGGCCCUAAGAACAGCACACGCUUUUUUUCACAGGGUUUUAUUUUUUUUAUUUUUUUUAUGUGUUUUUAUGUGUUUAGCUCAAAUAAGAUGUUUAGUUAAAAUUGUUGUUUAAUGUUUUUUUUUUCUUUUUCUUUUUUCAUUUGUUUGUUUCUUCAAGUUAUUUUAGCUAAUGAUUAUAAUAACCCUGUUCUAGCCCUGAUAAAACACAUCUUAACCAGCAAAUUAAGGUCUUCGGGAUCACUAGAAGAUUCCAGGCAGGUGAGUUACAGAUCAAGUCUUCAGGACUGAACACUCCUGGUCUAGAAGUAAUACCUGUUCAGGCCUGUACAUGUAUUCAUUUGUAGUCGCUUCCUAAAAAACUGUUGUAUUUUGCUUCAAAAAAUAGAAAUAAAUAAAAUUCAUACUAUUCAACUAUUCCUACA